CACACUUUAAAUAGCCAGCACCUUUCCCUUCCCCCUUAGAUAAUUCUUCUCCCCCCUGACUGGACUUCUGGCAGAAGCUUCACGAAGGUGGGAUGGAUAGCAGGCUCUCAGGCAUAACCAGUAAUGGAGAGACAAAACCAGUGUACCCAGUCAUGGAAAAGGAGGAGGAAGAUGGCACCCUGGAGCGAGGGCACUGGAACAACAAGAUGGAGUUUGUGCUGUCAGUGGCUGGGGAGAUAAUCGGCCUAGGCAACGUCUGGAGGUUUCCCUAUCUCUGCUACAAAAAUGGGGGAGGUGCCUUCUUCAUCCCCUACCUCAUCUUCCUGUUUACCUGCGGCAUUCCUGUCUUCCUCUUGGAGACAGCACUGGGUCAGUACACUAGCCAGGGAGGUGUCACAGCCUGGAGGAAGAUCUGCCCCAUCUUUGAGGGCAUCGGCUAUGCCUCCCAGGUGAUUGUCAUCCUCCUCAACUUCUACUACAUCAUUGUCCUGGCCUGGGCCCUCUUCUACCUCUUUAGCAGUUUCACCAUUGACCUUCCCUGGGGAAGCUGCCACCACGAGUGGAAUACAGAACACUGUGUGGAGUUCCAGAGGACCAAUGGCUCCCUGAAUGUGACCUCUGAAAAUGCCACCUCCCCUGUCAUCGAGUUCUGGGAGAGGCGAGUUCUGAAGAUCUCUGAUGGCAUCCAGCACCUGGGGGCCCUGCGCUGGGAGCUGGCCUUGUGCCUCCUGCUCGCCUGGGUCAUCUGCUACUUCUGCAUCUGGAAGGGAGUCAAAUCCACAGGCAAGGUGGUGUACUUCACAGCAACAUUCCCUUACCUCAUGCUGGUGGUGCUGUUAAUUCGAGGGGUGACUCUGCCUGGGGCAGCCCAAGGAAUUCGGUUUUACCUAUACCCAAACCUCACACGGCUGUGGGAUCCCCAGGUGUGGAUGGAUGCAGGCACCCAGAUCUUCUUCUCAUUUGCCAUCUGUCUGGGGUGCUUGACAGCCCUGGGCAGCUACAACAAAUACAACAACAACUGCUACAGGGACUGCAUCGCCCUCUGCUUCCUCAACAGCGGCACCAGCUUUGUGGCCGGGUUUGCCAUCUUCUCCAUCCUGGGCUUCAUGUCUCAGGAGCAGGGGGUGCCCAUUUCCGAGGUGGCUGAGUCAGGCCCUGGCCUGGCUUUCAUCGCCUACCCCCGGGCUGUGGUGAUGCUGCCCUUCUCUCCACUCUGGGCCUGCUGCUUCUUCUUCAUGGUCGUUCUCCUGGGACUGGAUAGCCAGUUUGUGUGUGUAGAAAGCCUGGUGACAGCGCUGGUGGACAUGUACCCCCGUGUGUUCCGCAAGAAGAACCAGAGGGAGGUCCUCAUCCUUGCAGUGUCUGUCAUCUCCUUCCUUGUCGGGCUAGUCAUGCUCACAGAGGGUGGCAUGUACGUGUUUCAGCUCUUUGACUACUAUGCAGCCAGUGGCAUGUGCCUUCUGUUCGUGGCCAUCUUUGAGUCCCUCUGUGUGGCUUGGGUUUAUGGAGCCGGGCGCUUCUAUGACAACAUUGAAGACAUGAUUGGAUACAGGCCAUGGCCUCUUAUCAAAUAUUGCUGGAUCUUCCUCACACCAGCUGUGUGCACAGCCACCUUCCUCUUCUCCCUGGUCAAGUACACGCCGUUGACCUACAAUAAGAAGUACACGUACCCGUGGUGGGGUGAUGCGCUGGGAUGGCUCCUAGCUCUGUCCUCCAUGGUUUGCAUUCCUGCGUGGAGUUUCUACAAACUCAGUACCCUCAAGGGCUCCUUCAGAGAGAGAAUACGCCAGCUCGUGUGCCCAGCUGAGGACCUACCCCAAAAGAACCGAGCAGGACUCCCUGCUCCUGCCACGCCCAGGGCAUCACUUCUCAGACUCACAGAACUAGAGUCCCAGUGCUAGAUGGGAGACUCUUGCAUGAUGCCUGUGAGCCUGGCUGUGGGGACAGCUGCAGAGGAGAGAGGGCAGAAAAAGCCCCACUGUGCUUCUCUGCCCCUCACCUGAGAUAGCUAAUACAAAAGGAGGUACUUUGGAAUCUGCCUUCUGAGCUGGAAGCUCCCACUCCAACUUCCUUGCUCUAGGGGUGGUUUGAACAGAUAUGAAACGCCAGUAUCAAGAGCAUCUCUUUGAGAUGAGCCUUCGGACGCUGGGUGAGGGCUGGUGGGUGGGUAAGAGCUUUGUCAGCCUCGGGGCCCUCCUACCCUUCAUUCCAUUAAAUCCACAUUCUUC